AUUCGCUUCUCGUCGGCAGAGCACAACAAAAUAAGAAAUACAUAUAUCUUGUCGUGAAUAUGAAAUUGUCCCUGCACCGAUUCGCGCCAAUAUUCCUGUUCCUGCCAAGGAAAUGAAAAAAAAACGUAAAACCAUAACAUAACUGGACCCAACUAAGACAAGCCGUGCCUCCACCAUUUUGAUUUCCCCACUCGUCGUGCGUGCGUGGUGCGGACUGGUCCAUGAUGCCAGUAAAAUGUGCAAAACCGAACAUAAAACAAAUUUAUCCUAUUGUUAUCUAGUGAGCCAUGGAGCGGAUUUUGCCUGAAGAAGCGGAAGCGGCCCACUUGAGCGAAGCGCGGAAGCAGAUAUUGGAAGUAGCCAGGAAUCGGCCGGGAACCCAAGUGGCCAAGUGCAUCCGCGCCUACGAUGAGCAACAGGAGCUCGCCUUGCUAGUUGUCCUCCUCGAAGAGCUCUCCAAGAACACGGACUACUCCACGGAUCUACGGAUAUCACUGGGAUAUUAUAUUGAAGAGCUACUGCGCCACUGCUUAGGACGAAAUUAUGUCUCCCGAAGAUCGGCCAUCGUGGCCGCGGGAAGUGCCCUACAGUACUGCGGCAAGAUCUAUGGAGACCGAGUGGAGUACUUGUACCAGGUGGUGGAGCACCAGAUCGAAGCCCUGCUCACAUCAGAGUUGCAGAAGGAGACGCCCAGCGGAAGUGCUGCACCGGAGAAAAACGAGCGCAGGCCAGAGGAAACGCGCAAACGUCCCGCUAAAAAGCUAACUAACAAGGAAGUUGAUCCCUAUUUGCUCACGUUGGAACCGAAAAGGUUUAAGACCAUGUCGGACGACAAACGCUUUAACGCGGCGGGCUUUGUAAAGUGCACGAGAAAUCGGACGAUAGAAUACCUUUAUCAGGAUCACACGCCGCCCAACCUGUGGAAGCAUGCGCCAAUUGUGGAUCCUCACAAUCCCUACGACCAGGAUGAGAAAAAACAGUACAAAAUGUUUACGUACCACGUAGAGCAUAGAUACAAUACGCUUCUGCCAGAUAUUCCCUUUGAAAGGCUGAAUCUCAUUAAGGAAUAUGUGCACACAAAUCAGGUGAACACCACGGAAAUUCUUAAUGAGCACAUGACCACAAAGGAAUAUCUGGACGAGUAUAUAGCGCUGGAGAAUCAAAUGCUAGCAGCCCGCUAUGGAGCCAUUGUCACAACGAGAAGAAGAUUGGUUGAUUCAGCGAGAUUAAUGGAGGACAAUUUGGAUGAGGGACUGGCAAAUGAAAUGUGCAUGGACAAGAAUCUGACAAUGGACACGGACGAAACUGUUCCUAUUGACCAAUCUUUGGUUGAUGAAAACAGCAGGUCCUUAACCACAGCCGACUCCACGAUGGACGUCAGUCAGGUGCAGAACUUUACUUUAAACAUUAGCGAAGUCGAGGCGACUUUAAGCGUCAGCCAGGCAGAAAACUCCUUAAGCGUUAGCCAAGAAGAGAAUCCUCCGCUGAGCAGCACAUUAGCCAUUAACGAGUCUAGUGUUCUGGACAGCACGAGAGUUGAUCCCAUUAAAGAUCUCACUCUAGAGGAACUGCUGCUAAUCGAUUCAGGGAUCGGUUUGGAAGAGUUUUCCGAUAUUCAAAUGCAUACAGGUAAAGCAAUGGCAUUCCAACGCUCGGCAAGCGUACUAAGGAUAAGGGUUUUUUUUAAUCCUUUGUUUAUGGUUUCAAAUACUUACAUAUUUGUUUUUCUUUACUCUUUUAUUUUGGCACUUGUCAAACACUUGCAUCCCUGCAUUGCAUUUGUCACGGCAGGCCAGUCUUUUGAUGAUGAGGGUGUUGUUCUUUCAGAUUUAGAAGAUCAACGCCAGUUGUCGCCCAUGUUGCAGUUGAUUAGCCAAUCGGUAGAGCCAAAAACCAUUAAUAUCAUUGAGAUGGAUGCCGAUCUUAUCAUGAAUGUUCCAAGGGAGGUAAGCUAUCCCAUUCUGCUGAAUGUUAUGGGUCUCCCCAUAAAACGCCUGCGUCGGAAAUGCAUCUUUAAACUUCCACCUGAGUUCGACUUAUUCAGGCAAGCACGGUUUCCUACCAAGCGAGAGGCGCAUCCAAAAUCACCAACCACUCCCAGAGCUGUAUUGCAAAUGGCACGAGAAGCUCCAUUAAUUGAAAGAGAAACCGGCUCCCCCAGUAACUUAGAGUUUGAUAGGGAUUUUAAUUUUCUGGGUUUCUGCCAACGCCGAACCACAUUUGACUCGGGCUUCGAUAUCAACGAGGUGCGUGUCUCAGGUUGUGUCUCCACCUUCGGAGAAGUUAAAACUGAGCUUGAAGACGAGCCUGAAGCCAACACCAAUAAUUUAACUGAUGUGAGCACCAGCGGCGCCUUUAAUGAGAAUGUGAACGCCGCAAUGGAAAGUGGGCUUGGAGAUUCACUAGUGCAGGAAUUAAACGCUUCCACAGAACCCAAUGCGGAGAACAAUACCGCAAAUUCAUCGCAACUUGAAGUGACUGCAACAGAAUCGUCCGGAAUGCUAAGCGGACUGGAAACUGGACUGGAUUUAGGAAUGGAGAGCGCGUUAGUUAGUUCUGUAUUGGAUUCAAGUACUGAACCGAGUGCAAUGGACAGUAAUAUUCUAAAUGUCACCCAACCUGACAAUUCAGACCUAGAGAUUUCAACUGUGCAGGACCAAGAUACCUUACAUGACGAAGCAGAUGCAAAUGAUUUGCCUGCUGAAACAGCCAAUCCAGGUGUCGACGACAGCUCAUUGAUCCGGGACUGGCAUAGACGAUUGGCUCCUGCUUUGGAAGCAGCCCAUGAACGGCAGAAUUUCAACAUUAGGGACUUGGGCACCGAGAUCUUGGGCAUUUGCAAGGCGGGCAACGGAACAGCCACGUUGGCCGACGUCAUGGCUGACAAGGAUCCUAGUAUCAUGUGUCGCUACAUGCUGGCUUCCCUGGUACUGACAAACCACGGAAACGUAUCUCUGGAUUUUGGAAAUCGCGAUAAAAGCCGAGAGAUCAAUGCCCUUUCCCACGCGGUACAACAAGAUCAAGAUGCUGCAUUAGAUAUAAGUUCUUGCCAGAUUAUUUACCCGCAAUUGUGUACAAAUGUAAGUUUUAGUUACGUAUUAUAAGGAAGCUUGCAAUAGAAAGAAUGCUUUAGAUUAGGCUUAUCGAUGUAAGAAACAAUAUUUCUGUAGAGUAGUAGGCCAGUAUUAUCUAAGCUCGAUUUUCCUAAGCAUGAAGACGUUUUUUAGUUUUUGUUUCCUUCAUUUUUUCAUUUAUUACGCUUUUAGUUGCUUUUGAAAUUUUCACAUUUUUAUUAAUUUCUAUUUCUUUUGAACAUUUUUGAUUUAUUUUACUUUACCUACGAAUAGAUUUACUUCGUAUUAUUAUUUCCAUGAUUUCCUACAAAUUUUACACUUCUUUGAUUUAGAACAAAAAUAGACAAAUUUUUUUGAUUGACGAAGCGCGUGUUUUGGAAAUCCUUAUGAGCUGGUAGUACUAAAUUCAAGUACCUGAUCUCGUCUGUACAAAAGUAUAAACAUAAGAACUCUUCGGACAUAAGACAAAGUUCAAGAUAAAUUAAGGAUAAAGUGUAUAUAUGUAUGUAUUUACCAGAGUGCAAGCUAGUGUCUAUUUACAAUCAUUUUAAGAUAUAAUGUUUUUUUCGUAAGUAUAAAAUGUAGUUCUUAAGGAAUAAAACGGAACCAUGCAAUCA